UUGGAUCCGCCACUGCUCUGAUUCCAUGGUGAUCUCUUUCUAUUAGCCACCCACCAAACACCAUACCAUGCCUUCACACUUCCGACUAUUUUCCCAAAAGCUCUCGUCUUUCUCGCGAAAUCCUUGGUUUCAUCAUCUGGGUGCCGUUUUCUCAACUGGGUCUGUCCAAUUCUCAGAAAUUAUCUGAUGAAACUUGCCAAAGUUGCUUGAUUUGGUCAAAUUUAGUUAGUUGAGGCAAUUCAUCGGGCGUUUACAUGGCAUCUGUCGUUGAGAGCUCCUAUCCCCUUCUUCUACAGAUCGAGAGCCACCGUCAGAGUCGGCGCAGUUCAUCUUUCGCUUCGAUUAGGUCGAGGAAUUGUCGGGUUGUCCGAAUUUCCUGCGAUUCGGCGAGAGGGCCGUCGCCAUUUCGCCAUGGACGCUUCGUUUUGGAACAUCGAUGGAAGUUUCCACGGCGCGUGGAGGCUACGGGCUCCGACUCCGCCGAAGGAGCGCGUGGGGACAAACCGCAGGAGGAUGCGCUUCUUCAAGACGAAGAACAGGAGGAUGCGCUUCAAGCCACCAUCGAGAAGAGCAAAAAGGUUCUCGACAUGCAAAGGGACCUUCUUCAGCAGAUUGCUGAAAGGAGGAAGCUGGUCUCAUCUAUAAAAGAUAGCGUGCCCCAGUUGAUGGAAGACAAAGAUUCUGAUAAAGAAGAAAAGAAGAGUUCUGGAAACAUGGGUACUGGUGCAGCUAUUAAAGAGAAGAUCGAUAGAGACGGAAAUGAUCGUGUUUAUCGGAGCAGCUAUGGCAGUUCGACAUUGGACAAAGAACCAGAAACCAAGACCAUGUCUUCUAGUAUCAUCUCUAACGGUUCCCAGAAAAAAAGUAAAUCAGUGAACUCUCCCUCCAGCAAAACCUCUCCUGAGAAACCUUCCUCCCGAGUAACGUUUAAUAAGAAACCUUCCUCUACACUUACCUCUUCUUUUAAGCCCUCCUCUAAGGUAACAUCAUCUCCAGAGAGACCAUCCUCCAAUGGAAACCCGCCCUAUAAACCAACCUCUGGUGUUACAUUCACCGAGAAACAUCAGUCCAGUGUAAUCUCUCCCAAGAAAAUGUCCCCCGAUAUGAAUUCUCCUGGACAGCUGGGCAAAUCUAGCUCUGGUGCAGUUCGGUCCGACCACCCAUUGCCAUCUUUUCUGGGAAAGACGUUAGAAGCAUCUAGUUUUCAGACAAAUGUGGGUACAGUCACCAGAGGGGAAAACCCAUAUGAAACCCGUAGCGAAACAAGUGAACCCGCAGAAGAAGUGAAGCCACCUCCAUUGGCCGGGGCAAAUGCCAUGAAUGUGAUAUUGGUAGCCGCAGAGUGUGCUCCAUUUGUGAAAACAGGUGGGCUGGGAGAUGUGGCCGGCUCGUUGCCAAAGGCUUUGGCUCGCAGGGGACAUAGGGUCAUGGUUGUGGUUCCUCGGUAUGGUGACUAUGCCGAAGCUCAAGACACAGGAGUAAGGAAGAGGUACAAGGUCGAUGGUCAGGAUAUGGAAGUGUUGUACUAUCAGGCAUAUAUCGACGGUGUGGAUUUUGUUUUCGUGGAUAGCCCUUCAUUCCGUCAUCUGGGCAAUAACAUUUAUGGCGGAAACCGACUUGAUAUCUUGAAACGCAUGGUUUUGUUCUGCAAGGCUGCUGUUGAGGUCCCUUGGCAUGUUCCUUGCGGCGGUGUGUGCUAUGGAGAUGGAAAUUUGGUAUUUAUAGCGAACGAUUGGCACACCGCAUUGUUACCGGUUUACCUGAAAGCAUAUUACCGAGAUCAUGGAAUAAUGAAAUACACGAGAUCUGUUCUUGUAAUCCAUAACAUUGCUCACCAGGGUCGAGGACCAGUAGAUGAUUUCUUCUACGUGGAUCUACCGGAGCAUUACAUGGAAAUUUUCAAACUAUACGACCCGGUUGGAGGUGAGCACUUCAACAUUUUCGCAGCUGGACUGAAAGCUGCUGACAGAGUUCUCACGGUCAGCCAUGGCUAUGCAUGGGAGCUGAAAACCUCGGAGGGAGGGUGGGGUCUACACGACAUCAUAAACCAGAGCGACUGGAAAUUUCGAGGGAUCGUGAAUGGGAUUGAUUCGAAAGAAUGGAACCCGAGAUUCGAUAUCCAUCUGCAGUCUGAUGGUUAUACAAACUAUUCACUGGAGACUCUCCAGACGGGAAAAUCCCAGUGCAAGGCUGCGUUACAGAAAGAGCUUGGCUUACCAGUCCGGCCUGAUGUUCCAUUGAUUGGGUUUAUCGGACGGUUGGAUCACCAGAAGGGUGUUGAUCUGAUAGCAGAGGCGGUUCCAUGGAUGAUGGGUCAGGAUGUGCAGCUGGUAAUGUUAGGAACUGGUCGGCAAGAUCUGGAAGAAGUUCUCAGACAGCUAGAGAAUCAAUACAGAGACAAAGCCAGAGGAUGGGUCGGGUUCUCGGUGAGAACAGCACACAGAAUAACAGCGGGAGCUGACAUCUUACUGAUGCCAUCGAGGUUUGAACCGUGCGGUCUGAACCAGCUUUACGCGAUGAGCUAUGGCACAGUCCCCGUGGUCCAUGCGGUCGGAGGGCUGAGGGACACGGUUCAGCCGUUUGACCCGUUUAACGAAACGGGACUCGGGUGGACAUUUGACCGAGCCGAGGCGGGAAAACUGAUACAUGCGUUGGGAAACUGCUUGUUGACGUACAGGGAGUACAAGAAGAGCUGGGAGGGGCUUCAGAGAAGAGGAAUGAUGCAAGAUCUCAGCUGGGAUAAUGCUGCUGCGAAGUAUGAGGAAGUUCUUGUUGCUGCCAAGUAUCAAUGGUGAAAACGAAGGUAGAGAAAAUCAAGAAGAUGGGAAAAGGGAAAGAAGAAUCUUUCAGUAAAUUGCCAGAAAGUUUCAGACUUCAUGGGAGAUACCGAGCAGAUGAUGAUGAGCUUUUAACUUAACCAUGAAUUAGAGCAUUAAGAGGAAAGAUUAAACAGAACCUUCUUCACUACUGUAAUCGUUUUACAAUGUCUUAUUCCCAUCAUGUUUUUAGCUUUUAUUUAAAGACAUGGGUAAAGAUACAAGUUCCUGUGAUA